AUGGCAGUUACAGCUGCUCAAAGAGUGGUUAAACUGGCUUUAACAGUUGCAUCAAUCAUAAUAUUCAUCCAGGGGUCAUUUACAAUUGUAAUGCACCAACUCAUCACGAACUUGGUUUUCUCCAGCGACCCGAUUCGCAGGCAGAAACAUCUGGAUUAUAGCAAGAAACAGUUUAUCUUGUUGUUGGUGACUAUUCUGACCAUUGUGGCCCCUUCAAAAGUUAGGAUUUCCACUGAUAAUCGCACGAUUCCAAGAAACCUGGUGGCUACCGAUCUUCAAACAGGAGGGCUCCUUACCAGCUUAAAACGCAAAUCUGUUCUGAUCUCAAAUCAUCAGAUCUAUACAGAUUGGGUUUUUCUAUGGUGGCUGGCGUACACGGGUGGACUAGCAGGAAAUGUGUUCAUCAUGCUCAAGCAAUCGCUUGCAAACAUUCCAAUUAUGGGCUACGGAAUGAGGAACUACAAGUUCAUCUUUAUGAACCGCAAGUGGAGCAAAGACAAGAUCAAUCUGGCAAAUAGAUUGAGCGAUAUGGAUCACAAUGCCAGGGGAAUGGGCGAAUUGGCUGGCAAACAUUAUGCCACCAAAACCGAGGACGGCCUGGAAAUAUGGAAGGAUAAAGGUUCUAGUGACGUCGACAUGAGGCAGAUCAGCUGGCCUUACUCAUUGAUUAUUUUUCCUGAGGGUACAAAUUUGAGUGAGAACACACGCAACAAGAGUGCGGUCUUCGCUUCGAAGUCAAACCUUCCAAAUUUCCGAAAUUUGGUGCUUCCUCGAAUGACAGGACUGAGGUUUGCGCUGCAGGAACUGAGAAACAGCUGCGAAGUGGUAUACGAUGCCACAAUUGGCUAUUCGGGCGUCAAGCAACACGAGUACGGACAGGACAUCUAUAGACUGGACGAAAUUUUCCUAAAAGGCCAAUCUCCCGAGCUUGUAGAUAUUCAUCUCAGAGCCUUCGAUGUCCAUGAAAUUCCGAUCGAUGACGAGAACGAGUUUUCAGAAUGGCUGUUGAAAGUCUGGAAGGAAAAAGACGAGCUGCUGGACUUUUACUACAAGACAGGCUCCUUUGACUGUGGUGAGGGAGUUACAAACCAAGUUGUCACCGGUGUAUGCAAGAUCAAACGCUCCGAGAUGGCACAAAUACUCGCACUUCCGUGCUUGACUGCAUUAACGCUAGGGCUAGUAUUGUGGAAGAAAUAUGCUUAA